UCAACAUUCACAUAGCUUCGGUUUCUUCUUGAAUAUGUCUUACUUUUCCUUCAGAUGUUGAAAUAUUAUACUUCUGUUUGUUAGGACCCCCACGUAGUCACCCUUGCCUACUUCUUUAUUACCUAGCCCCACAUCUCUCAACUCACCACCCUCGAAAUGACCCUCACCCUUCCUGCCUCUUACUCUACAACCCCCUACCCUGACAUCCUUGUCUCCCACCACCCGCCCUCGUCUCCAACCCCAACACCCAUCAUAAUAGUCACGCUCAACCGCCCACAGGCCCAAAAUGCAUUCACCGACGCCAUGGCCUCGUCUUUGUCCUCGCUCUUCCCGGUUCUCUCUCUCGAUCCCCGCGUGAAGUGUAUUGUUUUGACCGGUUCUGGAACAAGAGCUUUUUGUGCUGGAGCAGAUCUUUCUUCCUCGCCGCUCGAUUAUAGUACCGACACCCCGCAAACACACCGCGAUGGCGGCGGUCAAGUUGCGCUUGCGAUACAUAAUUGUAGCAAACCGGUCAUAGCAGCUAUCACUGGGUCUGCCGUGGGGGUUGGGAUCACGAUGACGUUGCCGUGCUCGAUUCGGAUUGUGUCUGAGAACGCGAAGAUUGGGUUCGUGUUUGCAAGAAGAGGCAUCGUGAUGGAGGCCGCGAGUAGUUUCUUCCUUCCCAGGUUGGUGGGUUGGGGGAAGGCGGUGCAUUUAUGUACCACGGGGGGAGUUUAUAGAGCGGGGGAUAAGCUAUUUGAUGGCUUGUUUGGGGAGGUUUUACCCCAAAAGAGGGUACUGAGUCGAGCGCUGGAAGUUGCGGAGGAGGUGGUGAGGAAUACGAGUGUGGUUAGUACAAAGUUGAUGAGAGACUUGAUGUGGAGGGGUCCAAAGAGUGCGGAAGCUACGCAUCUAUUGGACAGUAAGAUUUUGUUGGAGCUGUUUAGUGGAGAGGAUAAGAAAGAGGGAAUUGAUGCCUUUUUGGAGAAACGAGAUGCGAAUUUCGAGGGGACGAUGGAGAGGAAUGCGCCGAGUGUUUGGCCUUGGUGGGAGUUGGUUGAUACAAAGGUUCCAGAGAGGGUCAGGGAUGUUAAACCUAAGUUAUGAGGGAGUCAAGGACUAUGAGUGGAUAUUGUAAGUUUCGAUACGUGGGGUUGUAUAUAUCAUGGAAGGAAGAUGAGAAUUGUUGAUGAGUUUGAACUAGUCCGUUUUUGCUUCAGAAGCUUUCACAAGAUCUAUCCUAGUACCACACUCAUAUAGAUAGAGACUACUUGAACGGAGACCAAACACGACGUGGACUCU